GGCCCGCCCGGCACUAGGCCUCAAAAGCAACGGCCCCACGCCACCGUCCUCCGCACCAGCGCCCGCGCUGCCGAGCCCGUACCCGCGUCCAGCCUGCUUCCACCGAAGCACACACCAACAAACUCUUCCCUCGUAAGCGUCUCCUUGUCUCUCCGCCUCCCCCCUCCUCUGCUGGUGUUGGAUUGGCGGGGCGUUGGAGUGGGGGGUUGGGAUCGGUUCCUCUUGCUCUGUACCUGGAUUGAGUGUCCAAUACCAUUGGUCCAAAGGAAGAUCCUAAGAGAGACGGAGCUAUUUAUCUAAAUUAAGUGAUUUUUUUUGCACAGCAGAAAAUGUCCGCGAUCAUGUUAUGCACUUGCAGUGGGGACCAGUCCAGGUUCGAAGAUCUUCCUCGAUCCCCAGAAUCUCUCGCGACACGUGAUUUCUCAGCAAAUGGCUCUUCUUCAAAGAUAGCAAGUCGAGAAACAACGCCUGAUGAUAGCCAAGUAAAUGAAGUAGAAUCAGACCUCAGAGAAACCCUUUCAUUAAAUUAUGAGGAGGCCCGGGCAUUGUUAGGUAGACUGGAACAUCAGAGAGGAAACUUUGAUGCAGCAUUGCAAGUUCUUCAGGGAAUUGAUAUAAGAAGCUUGAGACAGCGAAUGACCAGUGCUAUUGCUGAAAGUAUCAAGCCUAGAGGGCCUCCACGUUCAUCAAGAAGGAAAACCUCACAAGUGAAUGGAAUGCUAAUGCAUAUGUCAAUGCAUUCUGUAAGCUUGCUUCUAGAGGCCAUAUUGCUUAAAGCAAAAUCAUUGGAAGCCCUUGGUAGAGUAACAGAAGCUGCAGAAGAAUGCAGAACCAUCAUAGACAUUAUAGAGUCUGCAUGGCCAUAUGGUGUUCCUGACGGUACUACUGAAGAGUGUAAGCUAAUAGACAUAUUCCAUUCGGCUCUAGAAUAUCUUCCCAAACUGUGGAUGAGAAGCGGUUGUUUUGAAGAAGCCAUCAUUGCAUAUCGGAGAGCUCUUGAAACGCCAUGGAAUUUGGAUUCACAAAGGUCCGCCAACUUACAAAAAGACUUGGCAGUGACUCUGCUGUAUUGUGGAGUUGAAGUUAAGUUCCCUCAAGAAUUUGGUCAGAAAGGGAACCUGGUAACCCCUGGGAACAACAUAGAGGAAGCAAUUUUGUUGUUACUGAUACUAACAAGAAAGCUAUCCCUCCAAGAAAUAAAAUGGGAUCCUGACCUUGUGAACCAUUUGAUGUAUGCACUCUCAUUAUCUGGGCAUUUUGAAGUUUUGUCCAUCCAUCUAGAAAUGUUGUUGCCUGGAACGUAUACCAGAUCGAAGAGAUGGUAUAUCCUUGCUCUUUGCUACAGUGCAGCUGGCAUGGAUGAUAGUGCAUUAAACAUCAUAAGGAAUGGUUUUUGUGUAUUGGAGAGAAAAGGAAAACCUCAUAUUCCAUCUCUUCUUUUAGGAGCAAAACUAUGCUGUAAGAACCCAAAGCAUGCUUCCGAAGGGAUAAAAUUUGCAAACAAAGCCAUGAAGUCUUUCGGAAGUCAUGAUAUGCAUUUCAUCAGCGUUGUAAACCACUUUCUUGGUGUUUGUUAUGGACCUUUUUCUAGGUCCUCCACUUCACACUUGGACAAAUUGAGAUUACAAGAUGAUGCACUGAGGCUGCUUCAGGAUGCUGCUACAAUGGCAAACUAUAAUCCUGAAAUAAUGUAUAGCCUUGCUUGGGAAAAUGCGAUGCAGCGCAAACUCAAUGCAGCUGUUGAAAGUGCAACAGAAUGUCUUGAGAUGGUGAUGGGAGGUUCAGUUAGUGCCUGGAAGUUAUUGAUCCUUGUAUUAUCUGCACAGCAGAAUUUACAAGAAGCUGAAGCAGUAGCGGAUAUUGCAAUAGAUGAAGCUGAAAAAGAUGAUCAAUUGGAUAUUUUGAGGCUAAAAGCACAAAUUCAGGCUUCCCGUGGGCAAUUCAAAUCUGCAGUGGAAUCUUUUCGAGUUUUGCUUGCAACCAUUCAAGCAAAGAAGGAAGUCUGGAAAUCGACCAAUUGUGACAAGAUUAAAUCCGUACAGAAGUUGGAGAUUGAUGUAUGGUUAGAUCUAGCGUCAAUGUACACCAAGCUUGAGGCAUGGCGUGACUCAAACAUCUGCCUUGACAAAGCCAUAUCCACUGAUUUCUUUUAUCCCAAGUGUUGGCACGUCAGAGGCAUUCUAUUAGAGGCUCAAUCCUUGCACCAAGAAGCUUUGAUGGCGUUUUCAUUCGCCCUCUCGAUCAAUCCAGAUUACGUCCCAAGCAUGGUUUCUAUGGCAGGAAUUCUACGAGAUCUCGGAGGGAAUUCGAUAUCGAUUGCAAGAACUUUCUUGCGCAAUGCCCUCCGUUUAGAGCCUACAAACCAUCGAGCCUGGUUGGAUCUUGGACUUGUCCUGAAAUCUGAAGGGUCACUGCUCGAGGCUGCGGACUGCUUCCAGGCAGCAUACGAGCUCAGAGAAUUGUCACCAAUCCAGGACUUCUCCGAGCAACUCCCCAUCAUGCUGCAUUAGGAACCAUACUAAAAGCUCAGUUCUUCGUGUAGAAAUUUUGUCUUCGUAUGUUGUUCUCAGCCGUUACCGCUUGCAAAUGUAGUAGUAAGCAUGUGAUUUUGUGAAUGUAGAUUGGUUCAUUUUUGCUCAUGUUGCAACGUUGAGCGUACUUCGCUGGACAUCCUUAACAAUUUUGUUCGCUUUUGGAAAUAGCAAAGCUAUGUGCAUCUCU